AUGGCCGUGAGCCUUCUGGAUUUGGAGAAGGCUUACAAGAUGUUCCAGCUUCUGGGUCCAGCUGGUCCUGUGAUUGCUGUAGUUGGUGAAGAUGUUGUCCUUCCCACUCACCUCAAACCCAACAUAAGUGCAGAGGAUAUGCACAUAGAGUGGUUCAGACCCCAGAACAGAGACCCACUGGUGCAUCUCUACCUUCUGGGAGAGAGCAGGAAUGAGCGCCAGAACCCAUCGUACAGCGGAAGGACCGCACUCUUCCCUGAGGAACUGAGGAAGGGCAAUACGUCUCUGAGGCUGAGCAGGGUCCAGGUCUCUGAUGAGGGGCAGUAUUGGUGUCACAUUCAGUCCACAUCUGACUCUCAGGAGAUUUACCGGGUCAUGGUUUCACUGGAAGUAAGAGCUGUAGGAACUGAGCCAGUGAUCUUCACAGAUACAGACAGAAAAAAUAAGGUUGGCCUGCUGUGUGAAUCUAAAGGCUGGUAUCCUCAGCCUGACCUCAUCUGGCAGGACAGUGAGGGUCACAAUCUCACCACUGAGAAACCUGAGAUACUCAGGGACAGCCUG